GGUGUUUCCAGCUGUGCACAGGGACUGAUUGCCUGAGAACCCACGCUGGAGAGCUUCGGACACCAUAACAGUGAACGGGGAGGGACUCUUGUGGUCUGAACUAUUUCCAAAAGGCACCAGCGGGGGACCACUGACAAGAGAAUGGGGGACGAGGAUUACAACAUCUCCUACGAUGACUACCCUGACGAGGUCAGCACCAUCAUGGUUUUGGAGGAGCUUUCGCCCCCCGAAAGCAGAGCGGUCAGGAUCUUCCUGGUGGUGGUCUACAGCAUCAUCUGCUUCCUCGGGAUCCUGGGCAAUGGCCUAGUGAUCUUCAUGGCCACCUUCAAGAUGAAGAAGACGGUGAACACCGUGUGGUUCCUCAACCUGGCGGUGGCAGACUUCCUGUUCAACCUCUUCCUCCCGAUCCAUAUUGCCUACACCGCCAUGGACUACCACUGGAUUUUUGGGACGGCCAUGUGCAAGAUCAGCAGCUUCCUGCUCAUGCACAACUUGUACACCAGCGUCUUCCUGUUGACCGUCAUCAGCUUCGACCGCUGCAUCUCGGUGCUGCUCCCUGUCUGGUCCCAGAACCACCGCAACGUGCGUCUGGCCUACGUGGCCUGCGUGGUCAUCUGGCUCCUGGCUUUCUUCCUGAGUUCCCCAUCCCUCGUGUUCCGGGACACAGCGCAUCUGCACGGGAAGAUAUCCUGCUUCAACAACUUCAGCCUGUCAGCGGCCAACUCUUCCCCGUCGUCCUCUUCCUCCCGACUGGACUCGGUGGCGUUUGGCCGGCACAUGGUGGUGACCGUCACCCGUUUCCUCUGUGGCUUCCUGAUCCCGGUCCUGAUCAUCACAGCCUGCUAUUUCACCAUCGUCUGCAAGCUGCGACGCAACCGCCUGGCCAAGACCAAGAAGCCCUUCAAGAUCAUCAUGACCAUCAUCGUCACCUUCUUUUUCUGCUGGUGCCCCUACCACACGCUCUACCUCCUGGAACUCCACCACUCCACCAUGCCUGGGUCCGUCUUCAGCUUGGGUUUGCCCCUGGCCACGGCCAUCGCCACUGCCAACAGCUGCAUGAACCCCAUUCUGUAUGUCUUCAUGGGUCAGGACUUCAAGAAGUUCAAGGUGGCCUUCUUCUCCCGCCUGGUUAAUGCUCUGAGUGAGGACACGGGCCACUCCCCCUACCCCAGCCACAGGAGUUUUACCAAGAUGUCGUCGCUCAAUGAGAGGUCCUCGAUGAACGGGAGGGAGACCAGCAUGCUCUGAUCCUCACCUGGGAGACCCUAAUGGACACUCCCCACCUUGGAGUCCAAAGCUCUGCCUUCUCAAGACUAUGGCAGGGACCGCUUCAGUACCCACCAAUGCCCACCAUAGUUUGUACGGGGCUGAACAAUGUUUGGAGCUGGGCAUCCAGGGCUCAGGACCCCUUUCUUCCAGUGGCAUGGUGGACAGGGUGUGCUGUGUGGUUCAUAGCUUUGGACCAGCAUCCCUUGCUUUUGGGGAGACCAGCUUUGACUGACACAAAGCAAAAAAAGGGAGAAUUCUCAAAACACUGCCAUGAGCUGCGCUCAGCAUUAAAAGUGAGAUUACGCGCUCUACCGUGUGCUCCCCAGGAAUGACACCAACACUUGACGGGGUCCGUUCCGAGUGUAGCAGAGGCGGUUGGAGCAAACCCAGUGUGAUGCACAUCACACCUCGCCCCACAUACCUGUGCAAUAGCCAGCCAGAAAUCCCGCCACUCAAGCCCUUCCUCUGGGUUAGGCACAUGUAAAUACACAGUUACCUGGGAGGGGAAGAUGACGUAUGAGCCCGUGAACUCCCAGGAUGAUGAAUUUGUUUUUCAGAUCAGUUGAGAAGACGGGGAACAGGUCCUGAGGGGCCAUGUGGGCUCUUUGUGAGGGCAAGACAAGUGGGGUGCAGUGAGGAAUUGGGGCCCUUCAAAGGGUGUGGCAAGAAGCAGCUUACCCUAGACCUGAGCGUGAUGGUGCUUUGGGAUAUAGCUAUUUUGAGCGUGGAGGUGGUGCCUGUCCUUUUCCCCAAGCCCUGUUCUCACUUUGCAGUUGUUCCCAGGGGCCUGGGUUGAGGGGCCAGCUUCACCAGCAGCCCCCACCCAUCCCAGGGGUUCCUCCCUCCUUCCCUUCCCUGGCUCUGACUGAAGCUGCUCAGAGUAAAACACUCUGGGACAAGAGGUGAGUAAGGAGCGCUUCUCCUCCGCCUCAACUUCCUAAAGACUUGCUGGAGACUCAUUCAAAAUCAGCUUCUGGAAGCAACCUGGGAGCGCCUCGAGGGCUGAUAAGCGUGUCCAAGGGCUCAGACGCCGAACUCAAAGCGGAGUCUGGAGCCUGACUCCUGGAACUGUGCUCCUGAGAGGCAGGCCAUGGGGUGCCAGGGGCACAGAGCUCGUCCUGUAUGCAGCCAUGUUGCUUUUUCUCCUCUCGUAGGACAGCUUCCGGUGCUACAGAGUGUUAUUUCCCCAUUUACAAAUGACAAAGAUGAGGUUCAGAGGAGACAAGUAACUGGCCCAAGGGCACACAGCUAGUCAGAGGCUCUGUCUGGCCCUAGGGAAAAUGUAUCUAUUGAGAAUAUUCUAGACUCUAAUGAUAGCCUACAUUUAGUUAGCACUUCCUAUGAUAAGCACUUUACAUGUAUCUCAUUUAUUCCUCACAGCUGCCCCGAGUUAGGUACAAUUACGUAUUACUUCCCUUUCACAUAUAAGGUAACAGAGGCUCAGAGAGGUUAAGUAAGUUGCCAGAGGGCACCCAGCUGGUCUCUGCCAGAGCCUGGAUUUGAACCUAGGCCUGUCUGGCUCAGAUAAGGCUGUGGAAUCUUACGGUUCUGAGAAGGGCUUGGGUUUUGGACCAUGAAAAUACAUUCCUCAGACGAUUAAUGUAAACAGCCGAGUGGCCUUGAAGCCAGCUUUGCAAAUAGUUUUCAAAAAUGACCCAAAAUGGCAAAGAAAAUGCAGUUGGCCUCCAGCUCCCUUGACACCCGUCCACACACGCCCACCCGCUCCUGCACCCCUGAGAUCUCAGGGAAGGCAGUGGAGAGACAGGCCUGGCAGGAAGUAGCCCUUGUGGGCCAGAGGCCCUUUGGCCUCUGAGGGGCCGCAUUCUGUUCUCUUCCAAGCCGCUUCAUCGUGAAGCCAAUUCUCCAAGAUGCGGUGAACAGAUGUAAUGUCUCCAUAGGCGCUGGGCAAGCUCCUGAGGCCACGGGCUGUUUGGAAUCACACCUCGUUAAGAGACAAACUGUUCUUUCGUGGUUGGGUUGUUGUGUUUAUGAUGAGCCAAUUCUGAAUUGAUCCCAAGCUGGGGCUUCCGAUUGCUUUAAGCAAUCUGUACUAGGACAGUUUGGGAACAAAAGGGGGGCUUUAACUAUCACCCAGGGCCCCACCCCCCAGCACCUCCUUCUCCAACUUCACAGGUGAAGUAACUAAAGUACAAGGCAGCAUGGGACGUGUUCUAGGUCCCAGAGACAGUCGUCGGCCACUCGGGCCUCUGACCCCCCCAGGACGCUGGGCUCCACGCCUCACGUCUCCCGGCUGCACACCGGCCAGGCUGGGGGAGCCAGGAAAUCAUUUUGUUGUUGGAAAAGCUGAUGAACAGGAGCAAAAUUCAAACCAGCUGUCUUCCUCCUUCGGGUUAGACCUCCUUUUUCUGGCCGCUCCACGGGUCUUCCUGUUCUAACUGUAGGUUCCCAUCAAAUGCUUAAAUACAAACAUGACAUCCCCUUCA